GGCAUUUCUCAACUUCGAGAGAUUGGCACACUGAGGCGCUGUACGCGGCGCGCACGACGCCCGAGCCACACGCCGUCGAACGCACGCCAUCGAGCCGUACCGGUGCCGCCCUGGCUGCUCUGCCACCAUCAACCGUCGCCCGUGCGUGCAAUCAGUCCAUUGAGACUCCCAUCAGGCUGCCCCUAUCAAAUCUCAGGCUCCCACGCCAUCGACGCGACAUUGAUUUGUGACUGUCACCGACAGCGCACCGGCCACACGCGACCAUGGGCGCCGGCGCGAGUCUACCGGCGAACAUGCAGUGGAUCGAGUCGAACCAGGGCUUCAUCGCGGUCAAGGAAGCUCUGGGACUGGCUGGAGAAGAUCAAAAAAACAAGCUGUGCUACCAUGACGGCGACGAAAUGGUCAUCCUCAAGAAGUUCAUGGAGAUGGACAGAAACGGAGACGGGCAACUCGAUCUGAAAGAAUUUAUGAGGAAGAACAAGGAGCAUACGGACCGGAAGCAUCCCCACGACGAAUUUUUGUAUCGGUUCUUCGGGAUCAUCGAGACCAAUGAUGAAAGAGCCGUGGGUAUCGAUCCACUCGUGUUUUUUGUUUGUUUGCACGCGUUUUUGGUGCAGGACGAAGAUUCGCAAGUAUCCUUCUGUUUUCACAUGUUCGAUUCGGAUCAUAAUCGGGUGUUGGAUCAAGUGGAGUUCGCUCAGUUGUGUAGGCUGGCCCAGCCGCAGAUGACUGAUGCUGAAAUCGCGGCGCAGCUGGAUGCGGUGGAUGCGGGGAAUAAAGAUCAAGUACUGGAUCUGGACGAAGUGAUGGGCAAGAAACAUAGGUUAACGUUCCAAAAAUUACUGUGGCCUGUUUUGAGGACCGCGGACGAUCUGCGGGAGAAGCUCGGUGGGGAAGAGUACUGGCAACGGAGACGACACGCUCUCAAAAGAGCGAAGAAGAUGCGCCCCAACUUUGAGAAGGGCGAUUUGGUAGGAUUGUUUCAUGACAACUUGUCCCCCGAAGACAAGCAGCAGAUGGGUCUAGCAGAUGAGGCCUCAGAAUGGACGCGCUACGACGACCCGGCGACGGGCCACGCCUACUGGUGCAACAACAUCACGGGCAUCUCGACCUGGGAAGAACCGGAGCACUACCAGGCGUACCACGGCGGCGCGAACGACGAGGUCGACCACGGGGUGUACGUGUAAUUCGUUGUGUGUCCCGG